AUGAUGUACUUGAAGUCAAACAGGCAACUUUGUGACUGGGCAGCUGUGUGGGCAAAAAGGACCCAGGGGUGCCGGUCAAGAGCAGCUGAAGGUGGGCCAGCGCCUGGCCAGGUAGCCAAGAAGGCGGAGGGCAUCGUGGCCUGUAUGGACGAAGGAACAGUGGUCUCUGCCCCAGCUCCCUCUCCUCCUGGUGAAGAAGCCAAAGAGCAGCAGCAAAUUGAGGAGUAUGAGCACGAGGCUCCAUCAGUAGUCACACCAGAGCCUGACACUUCUGAGCCAAUGACAGAGGCAACAGUAGUGUCUGCCCUGGCUCCCACUGCUCCUGAAGAAGAAGCCAACGAGGAACAAAUUGAGGACUUUGACCGCGAGGCUCCAUCAAUGGUCAUACCGGAGCCUGACAGCUCGGAGCCAAUAGAUGAAGUAACAGUGGCCUCUGCCCCGGCUCUCUCUCCUCCUGGUGAAGAAGCCAAAGAGCCCCAGCAAAUUGAGGAGUAUGACCACGAGGCUCCAUCAGUGGUCACACCAGAGCCUGACACUUCUGAGCCAAUGACAGAGGCAACAGUAGUGUCUGCCCUGGCUCCCACUGCUCCAGGAGAAGAAGCCAAAGAGGAGGAAAUUGAGGACUAUGACCGCGAGGCUCCAUCAAUGGUCAUACCGGAGCCUGACAGCUCGGAGCCAGUAAGUGCCAGUUGUGGGUGCUGCUGUAUGGCAGAAGGAACAGCGGUCUCUGCCCCAGCUCCAUCUGCUUCUGGUGAAGAAGCCAAAGAGGAGCAGCAAAUUGAGGAGUAUGACCACAAGGGUCCAUCAGUGGUUACACUGGAACCUGAAUCUUCUGAGCCAGUAUGUGCCAGUUAUGGCAGAGACACCAGCAGUGUCUGUUCUGGCUCCCUCUACUCCUGGUGA